UGGGUGACAGAUUAGUUCUCAUAACCUUUUGCUCAGCUCUUGCUCAUUAUGCUAACCUACGUAUGGGUCAUCUCUGUCAAGGAGCCGUCCUCUACGGAGCAUUUCCUGCUCUCAGCCCUCACCCCCAGAUCUGUCUGUGAUAUAUCACAGGAUUAUUAAACACGGAUUUGUUGAAAUAUGUGUAUGGUUACCAUAUGUUGUGCUUACUGAGGAAACUGGCUUUGCUGGACGAUUCCUGGAUGUGAUAAUUGUUUACUCUUUGUUGGUGGGUGGUACCUCCAUGUUUUGUUUUGGUUUGUCAGCAGAGAUAAUAUUGAAGUGUAGGCUGAAAGCAUGUCCUCUGCAUUCUCAGGCGCCUUGAGCUGAUGUAAGAGUAGGAGGCCGGGGAGCCGGAUGUGUGUGAUCCUGGGAUUCAUUUAACAUUUGUGAAUUAAUAAGAGGGAGGACAAACGAAGAGGUGGAAACGGUUGGAUUUGAUGGGAGGACAAUUCACAAGGGAAAAUGUGUUUUAUCUGUGGCUGCAAAGGAAGAAUUGGGGGAAAUCAAGGUUUAUCAAGAGUAAAGUUUGAGAAAACAGGUAUGAUAGAGUGUUUAAAACAAUGUCAAAAAUUGUCAAAAAUAGAUACAUUAUUUAUGGGGUGGUGAGGUGGAGGCCUCAGGGGCAUUGUUUGACAGACUGCAGCUGGGGGGAAACUGUUGUCUUGGACCACUGAGGAUACGUGCCUUUCUUUUCUAAAAGUGUUUUUCAAAAUACUGAAAAAUGCUUAAAGCCUUUCAUGAAUUAAUGUCAGUCUUACAGUUUGAAUUGCAGUUGCCUAUUCCUACUAAUUAGUCCAAACUAGAAAAAAAACAACAAAAUGAAACUUUAAAUCAAAAGUAGUUAACUUUUCUAAUGUGAAACCAUCCUUUAUACUUUAAAAGGUUCAUAAUAAAGACUCCAUCACAAAGAUUUGCUAAGAAGACCUGCUUAAAAAGAAGAAAUUCUCAAAUCAAAGUACAAACAAGGAACAGUAACAGGCCGUUCAAGCUGUGGAGUCAAACUUCUGGUUUGAAUAAGACGUCUUUAGGCUAUGCGUUUAAAUCAUUGUGUGCAAACAGCAUGCUAUGCUGUGGCUUAUGGGGAUGGAUGUGAAGUAUAGCUCCUUAUUUCCAGCCCCAUGAACACUAGAUAAAUUAAAGGGGCCGUUCAGAGGGAAAGAAGAAAGAAUAUAAAGAUGUGAUUGAUUUGAUAUGAUGUAAUGUUCAUAUUAUUUUUCAGUUGUUGCACUUUUUAAAAAUAUAUAACACUGGUAAGAUGUCAGAUAAUAAGAUAAGGUUUCUCAAAUCUUGUGGACCAUUGUGUAAAAUCUCCAAAUUAAAAGCUUUUUUUUUUUUAUUGCAAGUAGAAUAAAAUAAAGUUCCUGCAAACUUUUGCAUAGACUUCCUUGGUGUUUCCACCUUACAGUCUGUCGCCCCCUACUGUCUAAUAACAGUAGUAACUAACGGAUAUAUCUUUACAGAGAAACCCACUAAAAAAAACAUGCAAACACCCCACAGAUAAAGGACACAACGGGAAUUGGAACCAGGCCUCGUUGCCAAUCAUGACACACAUCCUGAAAAAACUUUCUGCGGUUCAACUUUAGCCAGAGCGGAAUGAACCAUACCGGAAAUAAACCGGAAGUCUCUCACCUUCAAAUGAAGGUUCGUAAAGUCGUUUUAUCGUUGUGAAUCAAUCUCAGAAAGAUAGCCACAGUGUAGAUAUAUGUCAUAUUUAUCAAGGUAAAGGAUGCGUGAUAAUUUUUUACAACGUUGAAAUAUUCACAGGGACGCACUUCUUGUAGAGAAUGACAUAUACUUUGAAAAAAGAAAACCGGAAGCGGGUCCCGUUUUUCGAGCCAGGUUUUGUCCCGGUUAGCUUGACAGCCACGUCACCUCCUCCAACAGUGCUCCCCUUUGACUUCUACAUACCCAAAAGAGGAGUUUGUGGGGGGAAACUUGCACAUAGUUUACCUGUUUCCAUACGCAAGCUUAAAAAGGAAGCCAACAAACCGCCGGACGUUCCGUGCGCAGCUUUAGCUUCUUUUUCAUCACCUAAUCUCAUCAGCGCUGGGGUUUGUUUGCCUUUUUUUUCCUGCCUAAACCCCUCCGAACUGCGUCCGGCAGAGGCCUGUGAGGAGUCUGGAAGUUUGUGUUGUCACCGCGAAACAGUAUCACCAUGAAUGUCUUUCGUCUGGCCGGUGACGUGUCGCAUUUGGUGGCUAUCAUCAUCCUGUUACUGAAGAUAUGGAGGUCAAAAUCCUGCGCCGGCAUCUCUGGGAAGUCCCAGCUGCUGUUUGCACUCGUGUUCACCACCAGGUAUCUUGACCUAUUCACGGCGUUCAUUUCGGCUUACAACACAGUGAUGAAGGUGGUGUUUCUUGCUCUGUCCUACGCCACCGUGCAUCUGAUCUACAUGCGCUUCAAGAACACGUACGAUUCAGAGAACGACACGUUCCGUGUGGAGUUCCUGCUGAUACCUGUCAUCGGGCUGUCCUUCCUGGAGAACUAUGCUUUCACACCCAUGGAGGUCCUGUGGACCUUCUCCAUUUUCCUGGAGGCGGUGGCUAUAAUGCCCCAGCUCUUCAUGAUCACCAAGACGGGCGAGGCAGAGUCUAUCACCACCCACUAUCUGUUCUUCCUUGGCCUAUACAGAGCUCUCUACAUAGCCAACUGGGUAUGGCGCUACCACACGGAGGGCUUCUUUGACCAGAUCGCCGUCGUGUCUGGAGUUGUGCAAACCAUCUUCUACUGCGACUUCUUCUACCUUUAUGUCACGAAGGUGCUCCGCGGAAAAGGAAAGAUGAGCCUUCCCAUGCCAGUUUAAGAAGGACGCCUGUGCUGUAGUCACCCACCAGUGCCUGCCAAUGAUCUGCGUAUGAGCACAUGCUUGGGCCUUCAACUGUACUCACAGUUAACAGUGGGACUAACGGUCUGACAUCCCUCUGUAGACCAAAAUGAAUAGGUUUUAUGAUGGAUUGCAACUUUAAAGGUGUUUGAUUCUAACCGUGCAAACAGUAAAUGCUGUGCAUGGUUUUGUGUCUGUCUUUUUGUUGAUAUUGUUGUUUAGUUUUUUUCCCCUCCUGUCUGUAAAGUACAAGUGUGACACUGGAUGUGUGUCGCUGAAGUGCGCAAAGUAAUGGCAUGGAAACUGUUCUUUUUUUUUUUUUCCCCAUCAGACACUGCUUAUCACUCCUUCCAGAGACAGUUAAAGUGACAUAAACUUGUUUGUGGUACUCUUUGAAAGUUGAACCCACAAA